AUGAAGAGGACUCGCAGAGGUACUACUGAGGCUUCAUCAUCCCGACCUAAUAGACAGCGUCUCACGGCCUCAACGAGGAGACAAAGAGCGGCUCCUCAAGAUCACUUUGAGGAUACUACAGAGGUUGAAGAUGUAGUUCCUACUCAUGAUAGUAAUGUUGACGCAGAGGUUGAAGAUGUAGCUGCUACUCAUGAUAGUAAUGUUGAGGUACAUGCCGAGCCUACUGAGCCAUCUCGAGUAGGUCCCGUUGAUCCAUCUUUACUUACGAGUUUUAAAACUCACAUAGCAGCUGCAAUUUGGAAUAACCAGGUAGAGAAAUGGAGGCCUCAGCAAUCUCAAAUGCAGAUGGCAAACGAUGAGUAG